AUGAAGACGGCGACGGUGUUUUUGCUUUGCCUCUCGCUUUUCCCAGGUUUUUCUCGGGGCAGAGUUGUCGGAGAGGAUGAAACGGGUUUUGCCGAGUGUAACGUGUUCUUCCCUGGACAAGUCCCACCCGAAGGAUUUACGGAGCCGUUCCACGUGAAGAUCUGUCAGCGGUACAACAGAGAGCCACGCUUCGCAACCCUCUACAGCACUAAGGACAAAAUCCCGCUUUAUUCGGCUUUUAAGUAUACGAAACCAGCCCAGAACGAGGAGGAGAGGUGGCUGGUCGAGCCGCAGAUAGAUGACCCAGAAAAUGACCUGCAGGAGAUGGUGCAUGAAGCCGAUGUCAUUGGCACUGUGGCCAGCCUUGGUGCAAAUCAAGCCCUGACCUCAGACUACGUGGGCUCCGGUUACGAGAGAGGGCUGCUCAAUCCCAGUUUGCUCAAUAAAGAGGAUUUCCAGAUGGCCACUUACACGCUCACGAACGCCGUCCCUCUGAGCCCUUCUCUGAGCAAAAGCUGGCACAGGGACAUGGGGAGGAUAGUGGAGCAAGCUCUGGUCCCCCACUGUUCCAAGAGGGAUCAUCUCUUUCUCCUUGCAGGUGCGAUUCCUUCCCGUGUCCGAGUUAAUGGCAAGGUGUCCGUGCCAGAGACCCUCUGGCUAGCAGCCUGCUGUGACUCUCCGGAGGGAUGGUCCUUGGGACUAGUGAAGAAAACGGAUGAUGAAAACAGCUUGGCAGACCUGAUGGUGGGAGAGCUGGAGAAGCAGCUUCUAGCAGGGGUUCACUUGUUCAAGGGCAACUGUGGGGAAGACAACCAAAGCCAGGAGAAGAGAGCAGCUGUACUGCAAGCUGUCAGUCAGAUCCGCUCUGGAGAGCAAGUAGGAACAAGUGACAACCAGGAGGCCAGGGAGAGCGGCUUGGUGAGAAAAGUGGCCAGCAUCAUUGCUACCCCUUUCAUCAAACUUCUGGAACUCCUCAUCUACGUGUUUGUGGAGCUGGUGAAGUUUGUGUUUUAUUGUCUGUGGCUGGUUAUCAAGUGGGUUGGUGGUACAGUUCUCCAUGGGGUCUACAGCCUGUGGAACGCGGUGAUGUCCUACCUCAAAGCCAUCAGCAUGGUGCUCAUCAGCAUCCCCUACGACGUGGGGAGGGUCAUCGUCAACAUCUUCCUGGGCUUCCUGCAAAUUGUUCAAGACGUGGCGUUCGUCAUCUACAGGAUCCUGCGCAUCCCCGUGGGGUUUGUCCUUCACCUCGCAGCUUUCCCUUACCGCUCCAUCUGUGCAAUUCCCGCUGUCCUCAAAGACCUGGCCACCGGGAUCGGGGGCAUCUUCUCACUGGUCAUUGAUGCCACAGCCGCACUUCUGCAUGGCUCUUAUAUCCUGGCUGCUCACCUAGUCAAACGGUUUGUCCCUAAAGGCUCCUCCGAUGACUGA